AUGAUCGUCGAGAAGACGACCGAACCGCAACAACCUCCUCCUACUCAUCCUCCAGUACAACCCCAGAANCCUGCUCCAGUCGGCCCAGCUCUUAGUCCUGUCGCUGGCCCAGCCGCUGGGCCUUCGCCUAUGCCGGAUCCCAGUGCUUCCACGAACUCAGCUGAAGAGGAUGCCUCUGCUCCGCCAUCACCCUACACGGCCAACCGUCUCAUGCUUCGGAACCUCACCAUGCCACCCGUCCCGAACUUUCAAAUACCACCCUCACCCCCAGGCUCACCGCCCCCAGAGACAACAACCAAAUUUGCAAGAUUUCUCGACCUGAAGAAGAAGGGAACCCAUUUCAAUCAACGGCUGUACCACUCGUCGGCAUUGCGUAACCCUGGUCUCUUGCCUAAACUACUCGACUUUGCUGGCAUCAGUCAGGAAGAUCAGUAUGCUACUCCGUGGUCACAGGGAGCUGUUGCGACAAAAUUCCCGGAUUGGGCCUACGGCGACAAGUUGGUUGCCGCGCAUGAGAGGAUUGCAAAGAAGAAGGAACAGGAAAAGACCAAGAAUCCAAGAGAGGCAGUGGAUUUUGUGCCAGCAAAACAAGAAGCGGCGACUUCGACGGCCGGAAGAGUGGAGAGGAAAACACAAGGCAGAAGAGGACUAGGCUUCGACAAUGAGAGAAGGCGAUCUCGUUCGCCCAGAUGA